UCCAUGCAUCUUUUCACCUGUAUAAAUCAACUAUGCUUACUACCCCAAACCCCGCCAACAAACAACAAAAAAUCAGAUAACAAUUAAUAAUAUCAAUCAUCCUCAGCUACGUACCACCAUGCCGCUACCAGCACCGCCGCCAGCACAACAGCAGGGGCAGCGGCAGCGCCACCCGUUCCUGGUGAGAAGCAUCGCCGGUGUUCUGCUAGCGCUCAUACUCAUCACCGGCCUGGCGGUUCUCAUCAUCUGGCUCUCAGUGCAGCCAAGAAAGCUGAGAUACUCCAUCGAAGAGGGCUCCAUCAGCGGCUACAACCUGACCAACGACCGCCUCAACUCCAACUUCCACUUCGUCCUCCGGGCCGAAAACCCCAACAAGAGGAUAUCCUUGUACUACGACAGGAUCGACGUGACGGUGUCGUAUGAGGAUCAGAAGCUGUCUGUGAACAAUGUCCACCCGUUUUAUCAGCGCAGGAGGAAUAUCACGCAUUUGGAUUUGGAUUUGGUGGCGAAGGAUGCAGUGCUGUAUGGGGCUGUGGCCCGAGAUUUGAAAAUGGAGCGGGGCUCCGGGAGUGUUGACUUGGACGUGAAGAUCCGGGCCAAGAUCAGGUUGAAGGUUGGGGUUUUCAAGAUCCAUCGCAAGCUUAAGGUUGAAUGUGGGCCAAUAACGGUGCCGUUUUCACCGUCUAAGGGUUUUGAGAGGGUUUUCUGCGAUGCAGAUAUUGAUUAAGAUGAAUGAAGAAUAAUUAACG